CUCGCGGUCCGAGCCACUCAGAACGCCCGGCGGCCGACACCCGGGGGCCCUACAACUACUACCCGGCGCCCGCCCGCCGCGCCGGGACUCGCGCGCCCGCAUUCGGGGACGGAGGCACCCGCUCGGCCCUGAGCCGCCUCGCAACUUGUCUGCUCGGGCAGCUGCGGCGCCGGGACACCGGACAGACUCUCCCGGGUCCCUCGCCGACAGCCAGCUCGCGCGGGGGCCAGCGUGCGCCCCCCGCCACCGUCGUCGCCGCGGGGAGCUGUGCGCCGGCUGCCGGCCGGCAGGUGGGCGAGCCCGCGGGCUAGAUUCUAGCUACAUUGGAGACUGGUCGUUUUCUGAAACUAAAGGAGAAGCCCAGGAAGGGAUGAUGAAUUCUUUUUGAGUUUCGAGUCACAGAAUAAAAAGAAGAGUUGGAGUAGACGGGCUAGAAGACUGGGAGAGCUGAGACAGGGAGGGUUUUGAAGUCCUUCUCUACCAGAAGCCAUGAUUUAAACAUCAGCAUUACACUUUCAGAAAGAGUUCUUGCUUGAAGACAAAGAACCGCUUGCUAACCACAAGAGGGGAAUCGAUGCUCAGCUUUUAGCUGCCCUCCCUAAAGUUGCAGAAUUAAGAAAACUCUUUGAACCAAAGACGAAAGAAUUUUCAGACAUGAAAAGAAAAGAAAGAAUUGCCAGGCGCCUAGAAGGAAUUGAAACCGACACGCAGCCCAUCCUCUUGCAGAGCUGCACGGGCUUAGUGAGUCAUCAUCUGCUGGAGGAGGACCUGCCCAGAUACACACGUGCCACAGACCCAGCCAGUCCUCACAUCGGCCAAUCAAAUGAAGAGGAAGAAACUUUGGAUUCUUCCUUAGAAAAGCAGACUCGAUCCAAACACUGCACAGAAUCCUUGGGCAUCCAUGGUGACUCCCCCUACGGUUCCAGCAUCAUGGACACACAGAGCCUAGAGUCCAAAGCCGAAAGGAUCGCCAGGUACAAAGCAGAGAGGAGACGGCAGCUGGCAGAGAAGUAUGGGCUCACCCUGGACCCGGAAGCCGACGCCGAAUCUCCAUCUCGAUACAGCAAGUCCAGGAAGGACCCUGAGACUGCUGAGAAAAGGGGAGGAAAAAGUGACCGCUCUGCUGAGUCCAGCAAAGAUUCGGGCGCUUCCUACUCCAGGACCGAGAUCCCGGGGCUCAGGAGCUGCAUGGCUGGGUCCAAGGACCAUGCCCUCCACCGGCGCGAUGGUGUUUCCGACACAGAGGUGCUGCUCAACGUAGAAAACCAAAGACGAGGUCAAGAGCCCAGUGCCACCGGGCCAGCCCAAGACCUGCCCCCCACAGGGGAGGGAUCCGCAUCCUUCCCGUUCUCUGGGCGAGACUGCACCCUCGGUGAAGUGCCAAGGUCCCCAAAGCCAAUGCACAGCCUGCCCGGCCCAUCACCCGGGCAGCCUGCCUCUCCGAGCCACUCCACAGGUGACCUGCCGCUCCCCGCCGAGGCUCGAGCCAGUACCGGGAAACCCAAACAUGAGUGGUUUCUCCAGAAAGAUUCCGAAGGGGACACACCUUCGCUUAUCAACUGGCCUUCCAGAGUUAAAGUUAGAGAAAAACUGGUGAGAGAGGAGAGUGCUCGCAGCAGCCCUGAACUUGCCCCUGAGUCCCUAACUCAGAGGAGACACCAGCCAGUGCCAGGCCAUUACCUGGCCUUUCAGUCAGAGAACUCAGCCUUCGAUAGGGUCUCGGGCAAGGCAGCCAGCUCUGCACGACAGCCCAUCCACGGCUAUGUCCAGCCGGCAGAUCCCAGUCAUACCAUCAUGCUGGCGACCUCGGACACCCCAGAAAGCGCAUCCGAGUACAGCUGGGUGGGGUCAGCCACCCAGACUGUCACCAAGCCUCCCCCCUCGAAGGUUCUAGAAGGUGAGAGAAGAGAUACCCCGGUUCUCCAUAUUUGUGAAUCAAAAGCAGAGGACGAUGUGCUCUUCUCUGAAGCUCUGGAGAAAAGCAGGAAAACACUUUUGGCUUUGGAGGAUCGUGGGCCUGGGAGCAGCCAGGAAGACCCCUCUGGAACCGAGGACUUGGGUAAGCCUGCGACUAGCACAGUCACCUCGGAACCUCAGAAGGAGCCUGAAAGCCUGGCCCGCCCACCUCCAGUUCAGCAGCCCACGGAGAGGAUGGGCCGAAGCGAAAUGGUUGUGUAUGUUCAGAGCGAGUCUGUGUCCCAAGGUCACAGGAAGGAGGCGGAGCCCAUGAGGAAGCGCAAGGUCCUCACCCGCUCGCUGUCUGACUACACGGGCCCGCCCCAGCUGCAGGCUGCGAAGGCCACGGCCCCGGCUUCCAAGCGCGACCCGGAGCUGCAGACAUCCAAGGCUGAGUCGGAAGUGGGCCUGCUGGACACGAAGGUCUCCGUCGCCCAGCUCCGCAGUGCGUUCCUGCAGUCAGCCAGGGCCAGCCAGAGACCCGAGCUCCAUUCACGGGUCGAGGGGUCAAGCGAAGGCGCUGGCUUGCCUACCAGCGUGGAACGGGAGAGAGGGUCCCGGAAACCAAGACGCUAUUUUUCUCCUGGUGAAAGUAGAAAGACUUCUGAGAGAUUUAGAACUCAACCCAUAACCUCAGCAGAACGAAAGGAAUCAGAUAGGUCAACUUCAAAUUCAGAAAUGCCAGCUGCUGAGGAUGAAGAGAAGGUCGAUGAGCGAGCCAGGCUGAGCGUUGCUGCGAAGAGGCUGCUCUUCAGGGAAAUGGAAAAGUCAUUUGACGAGAAGAGCGUUCCGAAGCGCCGCUCCAGGAAUGCAGCCGUAGAGCAGAGGCUGCGGCGUCUGCAGGACCGAUCCCACACGCAGCCCGUCACCACCGAGGAGGUGGUCAUUGCAGCCACAUUGCAGGCAUCUGCUCACCAGAAGGCGUUAGCCAGAGACCAGGCAAAUGAGGGCAAAGAUUCUGCUGAGCAAGGAGAGCCUGACCUCUCCACCCUGAGCUUAGCGGAGAAGUUGGCCUUGUUUAACAAACUGUCCCAGCCGGUCUCAAAAGCGAUUUCAACGCGGAACAGGUUAGACGUGAGACACAGGAGGAUGAAUGCUCGCUAUCAAACCCAGCCGGUCACGCUUGGAGAGGUGGAACAGGUGCAAAGUGGCAAGCUCAUCCCUUUCUGCCCCACGGUUAACACAUCUGUGUCCACCCCGGCAUCUACCGUCACCCCCAUGUACGCAGGGAAUCUUCGGACAAAGCCACCGCUGGAUGACAGCUCCAGUGCCUCUGAGCAGAAGUUCCCUUCUUUGCUAGAAAGUUCAGACGCUCCAGUCCGAAGCAUCCUGAAACCCCAAGGCUGGCAGUCUUCGGUAGAGGCUGGCGGGAGCAAAGGAAUGUCGAGGGAAUUUGAAGAGACAGAAAGCAAGGGAGUCUUGACAGGUGGAGAUGGUGGUGUUACAAAGUACGGCUCCUUCGAGGAAGCUGAGCCAUCCUGCCCCACGCUUAGCAGAGUCCGGGAAGGAGAUGGCCAUAAGGAACCCAUCUAUGCUGCUCCGAGAAAAGGAAGCCUGGAGCUCGCCCAUCCUCCCGUGGCUCAGUUCGGUGAUGAACCGAAGGAAUUUUCCACUGCACAAAGCACCGCACAGGGGAGCCCGGACUGGAAGGACAGGCAGCUCUUUGAAGAGAAGGUGGACGUGGAGAACGUCACAAAGAGGAAGUUUUCGCUGAAAGUGGCAGAGUUCGGGGAUCCCGCUGCUGAGCAGGCAGGCGCAGCUGCUGGGAGACCGGUCGCUCAGACUGUAACCCCCGUGUCCUGGAAGCAGCAAGAUCCCUCUGAUCAGCCGCAGGAGAAGCACUAUCGGAGUCCGUGUGCAAUGUUUGCUGCUGAAGAGAUCAAAGCACCAGCGGCGGAGGGCAUCCUCGACUCUCCCAGCAAAACCAUGUCCAUUAAAGAAAGAUUAGCCCUGUUGAAGAAAAGUGGUGAGGAAGACUGGAGAAACAGACUUAACAGAAAGCAGGAGUAUGGCAAAGCGUCCGUCACCAGCAGCCUGCACAUCCAAGAAACGGGACAGUCACUCAAGAAGAAGGAAGAAGGAGCAUUUACAGAUGAUAAUGCCGUUUCUAAUCUGCUCUGGCGGGUCACAGAAAGUCGAGAGAGCCAGAUGACGAUUGAAGAGAGGAAGCAUCUCAUCACCGUGAGAGAGGACGCCUGGAAGACCAGGGGCCGAGGGGCAGCCAACGACUCCACGCAGUUUACCGUGGCCGGCAGGAUGGUGAAGCGAGGUCUGGCGUCCCCCACUGCCAUCACCCCAGUAGCGUCCCCUAUCUGCAGUAAAACGAGGGGCACCACGCCAGUUUCCAGACCCCUGGAAGAUAUCGAAGCCAGACCAGACAUGCAGUUAGAAUCAGACCUCAAGUUGGACAGGCUGGAAACCUUUCUAAGAAGGCUGAAUAACAAAGUUGGUGGGAUGCAGGAAACGGUCCUCACCGUCACCGGGAAGUCCGUGAAGGAGGUGAUGAAGCCGGACGAUGAGGAGACCUUUGCCAGGUUCUACCGCAGCAUGGAUUCCGCUCUGCCGAGAAGCCCCGUGGAGCUGGACGAGGACUUUGACGUCAUUUUCGAUCCGUAUGCCCCCAAGUUGACGUCCUCUGUGGCUGAGCACAAGCGUGCGGUGAGGCCCAAGCGCCGCGUUCAGGCUUCCAAAAACCCCCUGAAGAUGCUGGCAGCAAGGGAGGAUCUCCUCCAGGGGUACACGGAGCAGAGACUGAACGUGGCCUUCGUGGAAUCAAAGCGUAUGAAAGUAGAAAAGAUGUCCGCCAACUCCAACUUCUCAGAAGUCACCCUGGCGGGAUUAGCCAGCAAAGAAAACUUCAGCAACGUCAGCCUGCGGAGCGUCAACCUGACGGAACAGAAUUCCAACAACAGCGCGGUGCCCUACAAAAAGCUGAUGCUGUUACAGAUUAAAGGAAGAAGACACGUGCAGACGCGGCUGGUGGAACCUCGCGCUUCUUCCCUCAACAGCGGGGACUGCUUCCUCCUGCUCUCCCCACACCACUGCUUCCUGUGGGUCGGAGAGUUCGCCAACGUCAUAGAGAAGGCGAAGGCCUCAGAACUCGCAAGUUUAAUUCAGACCAAGAGGGAACUUGGUUGUAGAGCUACUUAUAUCCAAACUAUCGAAGAAGGAAUUAACACACACACUCAUGCAGCCAAAGACUUCUGGAAGCUUCUGGGUGGCCAAACCAGUUACCAGUCUGCUGGAGACCCAAAGGAAGAUGAGCUCUAUGAAACAGCCAUAAUAGAAACCAACUGCAUUUACCGACUAAUGGAUGACAAACUCGUUCCUGAUGAUGACUACUGGGGAAAGAUUCCAAAGUGCUCCCUUCUGCAGUCAAGAGAGGUACUGGUGUUUGAUUUUGGGAGCGAAGUUUACGUGUGGCACGGGAAAGAAGUCACGUUAGCACAACGGAAAGUAGCCUUUCAGCUGGCAAAGCACUUAUGGAACGGAACCUUUGACUAUGAGAAUUGUGACAUCAACCCCCUGGACCCUGGAGAGUGCAAUCCACUCAUUCCCAGAAAAGGACAGGGGCGGCCUGACUGGGCGAUAUUUGGGAGACUUACAGAACACAACGAGACGAUUUUGUUCAAAGAGAAGUUUCUCGAUUGGACGGAACUGAAGAGACCUAACGAGAAGAACGCCAGCGAACCUGCCCAGCACAAGGACGACCCGCGGGCGGAGGUCAAGCCCUACGACGUGACGCGGAUGGUGCCGGUGCCCCAGACGACAGCCGGCACCGUGCUAGACGGGGUCAACGUGGGCCGGGGCUACGGCCUGGUGCAAGGGGACGACCGCAGGCAGCUGGAGAUCGCCAGCGUGUCGGUGGACGUCUGGCACAUCCUGGAAUUCGACUACAGCAGGCUCCCCAAGCAGAGCAUCGGGCAGUUCCACGAGGGCGAUGCCUACGUGGUCAAGUGGAAGUUCAUCGUGAGCACGGCAGUGGGAAGUCGCCAGAAGGCCGAGCACCCGGUCAGGGCGGCCGGCAAAGAGAAGCGCGUCUACUUCUUCUGGCAAGGCCGGCAGGCGACUGUGAGUGAGAAGGGCACGUCGGCUCUGAUGACGGUGCAGCUGGACGAGGAAAGGGGCGCCCAGGUCCAGGUCCUGCAGGGCAAGGAGCCCCCCUGUUUUCUGCAGUGUUUCCAGGGGGGGAUGGUGGUCCACUCCGGGAGACGGGAGGAGGAGGAAGAAAACGCACAAAGCGAGUGGAGGCUGUACUGUGUGCGCGGAGAAGUGCCCGUGGAAGGGAACUUGCUGGAGGUGGCCUGUCACUGCAGCAGCCUGAGAUCCAGGGCGUCCAUGGUCGUCCUCAACGUCCACAGAGCCCUCAUCUACCUGUGGCACGGAUGCAAAGCCCAGGCCCACACGAAGGAGGUCGGAAGGACCGCGGCCAACAAAAUCAAGGAACAAUGUCCCCUGGAGGCCGGGCUGCACAGUAGCAGCAAAGUGACAAUUCACGAGUGUGACGAAGGAUCGGAGCCCCUGGGAUUCUGGGAUGCUCUGGGGAGGAGAGACCGGAAGGCCUACGACUGCAUGCUCCAAGAUCCUGGAAAUUUUAACUUCACACCCCGCCUGUUCAUCCUCAGCAGCUCCUCUGGCGAUUUCUCAGCCACGGAGUUCAUGUAUCCAGCGCGAGACCCCUCUGUGGUCAAUUCCAUGCCCUUCCUGCAGGAAGACCUGUACAGCGCCCCGCAGCCAGCACUUUUCCUUGUUGACAAUCACCACGAGGUGUACCUCUGGCAGGGCUGGUGGCCCGUGGAGAACAAGAUCACUGGCUCCGCCCGCAUCCGCUGGGCCUCGGACCGGAAGAGCGCCAUGGAGACGGUGCUGCAGUACUGCCGAGGAAAAAACCUCAAGAAGCCACCCCCCAAGUCUUACCUCAUCCACGCCGGGCUGGAGCCCCUGACCUUCACCAACAUGUUUCCCAGCUGGGAGCACAGAGAAGACAUUGCAGAAAUCACAGAAAUGGACACGGAAGUUUCAAAUCAGAUCACCCUGGUGGAGGAUGUCUUAGCCAAGCUGUGUAAAACCAUUUAUCCACUGGCCGACCUCCUAGCCAGGCCCCUGCCCGAGGGAGUUGACCCUCUGAAGCUGGAGAUUUAUCUCACUGACGAGGAUUUCGAGUUUGCACUAGACAUGACCCGAGACGAAUACAGUGCACUGCCUGCCUGGAAGCAGGUGAACCUGAAGAAAGCAAAAGGUCUGUUCUGAGUCAUGAGAUGCUGGAGAAACCUCUGUUGUCACUUUCAAUACUGUUGGACCAGGAAAAUGGAUGUGGUUUUUUGUUUUGGAAGCAGGGUAUGGCUAGUCCUUUAAAAAAUGUUUUCAUCCGCGUUUUCGAAACCUGAAGCGAUCAGCUCUCCUGCUUGUUUGGGAGUUGUGUAUUUUGUAAAUGUUCCAGAAAACUCUCUGGAAACACACCUUCCACGAUUCAGCAGAUGAUGUUCAUACGGCAUCCGCAGCCUUACGCGCGCUCACGCAGGGGGCCCUCAGCAAAGGCCACGGCACCUUCCAUGAUUCAGCAGACGGUGUUCAUAAGGCAUCCACAUCCCUACGCGCGCUCACGCAGGGGGUCCUCAGCGAAGGCCAUGGCGCUGCCCUCCUGGUCCUGCUAAGCGUUGCCUGUUAUUUUUUUUUUAAGCAGUUCCCUUUAUAAAGUGUUAUUUUGAUAGUCUGUGGAUUCUAAAUAUAUAUAUAUUUAUAUAAACACCGUAUAAAUCAAAUAUGUAUUUAACAAAGCAAUAUGUAUUCAUUCACUUUUAAGGGGUUUUUUUUGGUGUCAAAAUAAUAUUAAAAGGUAGUUGCUUCUGUUGAAUUAGUUCUGCCACCAAUGUGUACCUUCACCCACGUUCAGAGGCAUCUCCUUCAGCGUUAAGUCUGACUCGUUCUGAGUGCUGCUUCCGGUGCUAAGAUGAACAAAGAAUUUAUACUUCCAGGCACAGGCUCUUAAGAAUCUGUGCAAAUCCACCUUUCUACCUUAAUAUCGCCCCCAAAUGUAUAGUGCCUUGUAUUAUGUACAGUUUAUAUACAGAAAAGUUUGCUCUGCAUUUUUUGACGAUGGUUUGGAACAUUAUCUACAAUUUUACUCUGAAAUGGUAGAAAUUUUAAAAAGAACCUCAAUUUCUAAUACCUGUUGUAAAAAUUAAAUGUGUCAUUUGGCGAUGGAAGACUCCAAAAUAAAAGC